UCCCGUGGCCGACUGAGCGUUGUCAAACACAGCCCGCAGCCGACCCAACAGAAGCAGACUCAGGUUUGACUUGCUUCGUUUCUGCAAGCCGAUCAGAUACCCAUCCGCCGGCGUCUCCGUUUCCCGUCGACCGAGGAUGGCUCAGCGAUUUCCGAACGCCCAGCCCGUCGGGCCGAGCCCGGGCCAGCAGCCGCAACGCUAUCCAACGCCCGGGGGGCCACCUCUCAGGCAAUACCCGGCCCCUAACUUCCCGAUGCAACAAAGAGGGGCUUUUGUGCAGGGUCCAGGCAUGGGAGUGCCAGGAAUGGUCCAGCGUCCGCAGCAGCCCCCUUACAAUCCCAUUAGGCCUCCGAUUCCAGGACAGGCACAGAAACGUCCAGGAGAUGUCAGGCCACCACCUCAACAACCACCCAAAGGGGAUUUCACUCAUCCGACGGGUGGUGCCUCUUCGACCCCCAGCAGCAAAAAGAAGAAGAAGCUGGCUGACAAAAUAUUGCCGCAGAAGGUGAGAGAUCUCGUCCCGGAGUCACAGGCCUACAUGGAUCUAAUUACGUUUGAAAGGAAACUCGAUUCAACGAUCAUGAGGAAAAGACUUGACAUUCAGGAAGCUCUUAAAAGGCCUAUGAAGCAAAAAAGGAAGUUGAGAAUUUUUAUAUCCAAUACGUUCUAUCCUGCCAAAGAAGCAACAGAAUCAGAUGACGGAGGUAUUGCUUCAUGGGAACUCAGAGUGGAAGGAAGGCUCUUAGACGAUUCUAAAAAUGACCCCAACAAGCACCCACCUCUGCAGGUUAAAAGAAAAUUUUCAAGUUUCUUUAAAAGCCUUGUUAUCGAGUUGGAUAAAGAUUUGUACGGUCCGGACAACCAUCUUGUUGAAUGGCACAGGACUCCGACAACACAGGAAACAGACGGCUUCCAGGUGAAGCGUCCUGGGGACAAGAACGUCCGUUGCACGAUAUUACUACUUCUCGAUUAUCAGCCGCUUCAGUUUAAACUGGAUCCUAGAUUAGCCAGGCUUUUGGGUGUGCACACACAGACCAGACCGGUUAUAAUAUGCGCCCUUUGGCAGUAUAUCAAAACGCACAAGUUACAGGAUCAACAUGAAAGGGAAUACAUUAACUGCGAUAAAUACCUAGAGCAAGUGUUCGGCUGUCAGAAGAUGAAGUUUGCAGAGAUUCCGCAGAGGCUUAACCCUCUUUUGCAUCCACCAGACCCUAUUGUUAUCAACCACACCAUCAGGUACAGCGUUGAAGGCACUGAACAGAAGCAAACAGCUUGUUAUGACAUUGACGUUGAAGUAGAUGACACUUUAAAGACCCAAAUGAACAAUUUCUUGCUUUCUACUGCAAGCCAGCAAGAAAUUCAGGGUCUGGAUAAUAAAAUACAUGAAACUGUUGAAACUAUCAAUCAGCUGAAGACAAAUAGAGAAUUUUUUCUUAGUUUUGCUAAAGAUCCGCAACAAUUUAUAAACAAAUGGAUUGUUUCACAAACUAGAGAUCUCAAGACAAUGACGGAUGUUGUCGGAAAUCCAGAGGAAGAACGCAGGGCUGAGUUCUACUAUCAGAAUUGGGCCCAGGAAGCUGUUUGCCGUUACUUUUACACAAAAGUGCAACAGAAACGUGCCGAAUUGGAACAGGCACUUGGAAUUAGGAACGCCUAAAUAUAUGUUUUUAAUUAACUCUUUUUCCUUAUUAUAUCAACACGCUUUUGUUAAAAACAAAAGUCUGGCAUAUUUAAAUUUAUAAUAUUGUACUCCUCUUUACUUGUAAAUAAACCUUAAUACUUUUCUGAGUGUUA